GAGGAGAAAAAAAAAAAAGCUGUCUCCUGAUCCCCAGAAUGGCAGCUAAGAUGGAGAUAACGCUGAGCUCUCAGUCCCACAUUCAGGCUUCUUCCAAGCAAGAGAGACACAUCAUAGCAAAGCUAGAAGAGAAGCGGGGGACGGCUCUGCAAAAGGACUGCCCCAACCCUGAGGCCUCUCGCCAGAGCUUUAGACGGUUUUGUUAUCAAGAGGUGUCUGGACCCCAAGAAGCACUCUUCCGGCUCCGGCAACUCUGCCGGCAGUGGCUGCAGCCCGAGCUGCACACCAAAGAGCAGAUUCUGGAGCUGCUGGUGCUGGAGCAGUUCCUGAACAUCCUGCCCCCCGAGAUCCAGGCUCGGGUCAGGCAUCGAUGUCCAAUGAGCAGCAAGGAGAUGGUGACUCUGGUGGAAGAUUUUCACAGAGCAGCCAAGAGACCAAAGCAGUGGGUGGCUGUUUGUAUGCAGGGGCAGAAAGUGCUCUUGGAGAGAACUGGAUCUCAGCUUGGAGAACAGGAACUGCCAGACUUUCAACUGCAAACUCCUAGGAGAUAUCCUAGGGAAAACUGUUUGGAGGAGCCUUUCCAGGCAGGACUUCAGGACCAGUUUAGCCUCCAUCAGUGGGAAAAAUCCCCACUCCUUCUGGAACCAGCCACCAAAUUGGCUGGGACAGAGGCCCCCAGAAUGAAAAGUGAGAACAAGGAGAAUCCACAACAGGAAGGUACUAAAGGAGCAAAGCCAUGUUCAGUGUCACCCAGCAGACCCAAAGGGAAUCGUCUGCAGAGUCCUGAUCCAAGAGGGGCAAAUAUGAGUGAAUCCCGGUUGUCACGAAGGCAGGUCAGCCCCCCAAAUGCUCAAAAGCCAUUCACUCACUUCCAGAGACAUUACAGGGAACUGGAAUAUAUCAGCAGCCCCCUAAAAAACCAUCCACUGAGAGAGCUGAAGAAAAGCAAAGGAAGUAAAAGAAGCCUGAACAGUCGUUUGCAACGUCCAAGUCACCAGGCGACCCACUCAGUGAAGAAACCUUACAAAUGUGAUGACUGUGGGAAAAGCUUCACAUGGAAUUCAGAGCUGAAAAGACACAAGCGAGUCCACACAGGGGAGAGACCCUAUACCUGUGGAGAGUGUGGCAACUGCUUUGGGCGUCAAUCAACUCUGAAACUGCACCAGCGGAUCCACACUGGAGAGAAGCCGUACCAGUGUGGCCAGUGUGGGAAAAGCUUUCGCCAGAGCUCAAACCUUCACCAGCAUCACAGACUUCACCAUGGGGACUGAAAGCAGAGCUUUGGUCUUUCUGUUCAGAAGGAAGGUAUUCAUGUUUCUCCUUCCCCUUAGUUGCAUAUAAAUUAUAAAGACUGUCUGUGGGACUUACAAGGAAUGCAGGAGGUCCCUGAAAAAUGACAGUGUACAUUUCGCUGGUGAGGGAUCCCAGAAGAAGCUGUUGGGAACAUGACCAUGCACGGUGACAGGGUGAAGAAAUGGCAGGUCUGAGCACUGAUUGAAAGGGAACUGGGAUCUCUACUGGAGAGUGGGGCAUAACUACUGAAGGAGCAUCAGGAUGAUCCUGCAGAUGUCCCUGUCCCAUGUUAAAUCUUUUCUGCACUGCUUUAUUUAUCCUCAAGGGUAUAUUCUAUAUAUAGUUAUAUAUUUGCUGUUAUACCAGGCAAUCUUUAUCAUGCACACACUUUAAUAAAGAUGGGUGAUACACAAGAAUUUCAAGGCAAAAGUUCAUUGGAAUAUAAAUACCCUAGUAUUCUUUCUGUAAUUCCUGGCUGUUCAUAACAAAGGACACAUGAAGGGAGAAUAUGAACAUACUUGUGUGAGGAGAGGGUUUCUAAGUAAUUAGUGCUUUUACCACACACACACAUAUUGAGGGAUCUUUUUUAUAUCAAAGCACCCUUAAUUUAGGAAAAGAAAAUCUACACAGCUACUGCAAUCCUGUCCAAGGGAUAGGGAAAAGCUACAACCAGGAGCAAGUAGUGGAUGUAGACUGCUAAGCAGAUGUCACAGGGAAUCCUUACGACUCUCCUUUCUCACGUGCCAGUAGCUUUAGGAAUAACAGAAUAAUUGGGGUAAUGAAAAAGUUUUAAAAACUGAAUUAUUUCAGUAUGUUUACUAAGAAUUAUUGAAAUGGGUUAAUUAUAUAUGUAAUUAAGCCAAAAUGAAGUUUCUGAAAAUAACAAAAUAUACUUAUAUAAGAUGUUAAAGUCCUGGAACUAGGCCUGAGAGAUUAUCUAAUCCCAUUCCUUUAUUCUCUCAUAGUGGAAAUUAAAAUGCAAUUAUAAUGCAAUUUUUAGUUACCCUGGGCAAACCAGCUGAUCCCCCAGUUGAGAGAAAACUUUUGGUAGAUAGGUGCACUAUCUCAUGCAGAAAACUGGUACGUAGCAUUCUUCCUAAAGCAUCAGUAUCCUAAAGUCACUCCUAGUCACCUCAGGACUGUGGCUUGUGCUGUCAUUACCUCCCUCCCCAUUACAUUCUUCCUUACAGCAGAGGGUCAAGUGCACAUACCUGCAUUCCUGCUUUCCAGAUAUUUGCACAUAGUUUCCUUUGCCUUUAGACCCUGCAACACAUACCCCCCUUCCAUCCUCUCACUUCACAAGAGUUGCCUGCUCUGCAAAUCCUUCUCUGACAAGUUCUAGGCAUACUUAGACUUAAUGGAAUGUCACUCCCUACACCAUUCUGCACACCAGUGGUGCUCAAACUGGGAGUACAUUUUGCCCCCAAGAGGAGAUUUGGCCAAGUCUGGAAACAUUGUUGGGGAAGGAAGGAUAGCUCCUGGCCCCUCGUGCGUGGAGACCAGGAGUACGGCUAAAUAUCAGACAGUGCACGGGAUGGCCCCCACAACAGAAUUAUCUGAUCCAAAAUGUCAAUAGUGCUAGGGUUGGGGAGCUGUAUCAUACAGGAUAAAAGAUCUUUAAGGACAAGAACCUGUUUUACCACCAUUUUAGCUAUUGGACUUAGCCAUAUGCCACCAGGAGAAAUAGAGAAAUAGGUGUCAGUAAUUGAAGUGCCAGGGGCUCCUCGGGGCCCAUUUCUGACUGAAUCAGAUCCUGGUGACAAUCUGUUGAAUGCAGUGGAUGAAACUUUUUAUCUCUGGGGCAGAGGUGGACUUAUUAAUGGAAGCCUAGUGGCCUUUGUCAUAAUGUUUGGUCGCCCUUUAGACUAAUCCACAGUCCUCUUCCCAACAAAUACAUUAGAUAUUAGAAGAGUUCUUCAUCAUUAUUAGGCCUAGACCAGCAGUCGCCAACUGGUGGCCCGUGGAUCACUAGUGGUCAGUGAUGUCUGAAAAGUUGGUGACCGCUGGUUUAAGGAAACCUUUGGAGCAGUGGUUGCCAACUGGUGGUCCGUGGACCAUUGGUCGUCUGUGAGGUCCAAAAGGUUGGCGACCUCUGGCCUAGACCAUACCUCACUCCUGUCUGCUGCCUCUCACUGGCCAGGGCCUCUUUGGUUCCUCAUUCUGUUCCUACCUACCCCACCUCCUUUUUCCAUGCCAAUUUCACUAUUGUUUCUUAACUUUCCUAAUCUUACUUAUAUCUGUAUUAAUUUCUUUUGGUUGCUGUAACAGAUGACCACAAACUUAGUGGCUUAAGACAGCACAAACAUCUCAGAGUUCCAGAGGUCAGAAGUCCAAAAUCAGUUUUGUUGAGCUGAAAUCAAGGUGUAAAUAGCCCUGGUUUCUGGUUUCUUCUGGGGGUUCUGAGAGGUGAAUCUUGUUUCCUUGUGUUUUUCAGCUUCUAGUGGCUGCUGGUAUUCCUUGGCUUGUGGUCCCUUCCUCCACCUUUUUUGUUUUGUUUAUUUGUUUGUUUGUUUUUAACAUUUUAAAAACAAUAUUUUAAAUUGAUUCC